AGGAGCUAGCCAUAGAUUGUGUAUCUAUUGCCAAAGCAUCAGAGGUCAUCAUGGGGUCGAGUUCUUCGUCUUAUGCCCCUAAAACUAUUUAUCUGGAUGUGGAUGGAAAAGUGCAAAGGGUGAUUUUCAGUCGACACUGUAGCCCAUGUGAUAUUAAGGAGCUUCUUUGCUCAUCAUCCAAUAUUGCCAGAAACCCGGCUAUACUUCUGAUUGACUCAGAAGGAGCACUGGUCUCUAUUGAUCCCAGCAUGCCAGCAAACUCUCCAAACAACUUAUAUAAGGUUAUGCCUCACUCCACAAACCAAGGAGGAGAGAAGGAAGACAUUUUCCAGAACGUUUUGUCACAAGUGACAGAUCAGUUCAGCAGGGCUUUUAGGAUCAGUGAGCUGAAGACUGAAGUGACCAACCGACUGGCCAUGCUGGAGAAGAGAGUGGAGCUGGAGGGACUUAAAGUGGUCGAAAUUGAGAAGUGUAAAAAUGAUCUGAAGAAAUUAAGGGAUGAAAUGACCUCUAGAGGAGGAGUGAGAACAAACUGCAAUUGCAAAUAUAACUUUUCUGAUUAUGGGAAGAAACUGUCUCCCAGGCGAGAUGUCCCAAGCUACCCAAAGUACACACUUUCUCAGGAAACCAUAGAGACUCUGAAAAGGCCCACCUUUGAUGUAUGGCAUUGGGAACACAAUGAGAUGCUUAGCUGUCUGGAGUAUAUGUAUCAUGACCUUGGACUGGUUAAGGAGUUUAACAUGAACCCCAUAACUCUCAAAAGAUGGCUGCUUGCGAUUCAAGAAAACUACCGCGACAACCCUUUCCACAACUUCCGCCACUGCUUUUGUGUUAGCCAGAUGAUGUAUGGAAUGAUCCAUCUGUGUAACCUUCAGAAGAGGCUUACCAUGACAGACAUGUGUAUUUUGAUGACUGCAGCUGUGUGUCAUGACCUGGACCACCCGGGAUACAACAACACGUAUCAGAUUAAUGCUUGCACUGAGCUGGCCUUGCGCUAUAAUGAUAUCUCUCCUCUGGAGAACCAUCACUGUGCUGUGGCCUUCCAGAUACUCUCAAUGCCUGAGUGCAACAUAUUUGCCAACGUGGAGCCUGACUCCUUCAAACAGAUACGACAGGCGAUCAUUACUCUUAUAUUGGCGAAAGAUAUGGCUAGAAAUGGAGAGAUACUGGACUCCUUCAAAAAGAAAGUGGACCGCUUUGACUUUACCAAUGAGGAGCAUGUUAAAUGCCUGAAGAUGGUGUUGAUCAAGUGUUGUGACAUCUCCAAUGAGGUCAGACCCACUGAGGUGGCAGAGCCGUGGGUGGACUGUCUCCUGGAGGAGUACUUCAUGCAGAGUGACAGAGAAAAGACAGAAGGUCUUCCUGUGGCUCCAUUUAUGGACCGUGACAAAGUCACCAAACCAAUGGCACAAAUUGGCUUCAUUAAAUUCGUCCUCAUCCCAAUGUUUGAGACCGUCAUGAAGCUCUUUCCACAGAUUGAAGAGAUCAUGGUUCAGCCUUUGAGGGACUCCCGUGAUCACUAUGAAGAGCUUAAGCAGAUAGAUGAUGCAAUGUCAGAGGCACAGAAGAAGAAAUCAGAGAGCAUGUCUUUAGGCGGAAAAAAGAAAUAGGCAACCUGCUUCUUUUAUGGGUUCUCAGGCUGAUCCAGCUCCCAGUUUCCUGAAAACUGAGGUUUUGAACUGUUUGGGUUCUCCAAGCACCCGUUUUCCGAAGGAGAGUGUUGGACCCCACGCUAUGUGUGGAAACAUCAAGAAUGAAAUGAAAAGGCAGUCAUCCGUAGUAAAAAAGGCGGUCAAAAUGACUGAUUCUGUCGGCAUUGCUGGUCUAAUUAUUUUCCACAGAUUUAUUUGCACUAUUGAAAUGAAGUGCUUGGCCCUCAAAUAUUGUUGUGUUGUCAAAGGCUUCAAUAAAAUAAACACCUUUCGGAAAUGAGCAGUUGAGAUAUUUAACUUGAAGAUACUUUAUCAGAUAAUGGCAUUAUAUGACUACACAAAAUGAUUUUUUUUUUGGUAUGUAUUGUUUUGAGUUUUGCAGGAACUGAUUUCACCAGAGCAGCUAUUAAUAAAAU